AUGGGCGCCUGUCUUUCCUGCCUUGGGGGUAACGACGACUCGGACGAUAACGAGAGACAAUCUUUGCUUGGAAGCCACUCUCGUUACGCCGACGAGAACGUUCAAGAACAGCUUCUAAAGCAGCAGCAGAGGCAAAGCGAGCUUAACGGCAUUGUAAGCGACCUUAAUAACGACUUGAUAGACGUCAGUACGUUUGUGUCGAAUACUCAGGACACCGAGCACGAAACUGUGCAAGCGGACCAGGAUGACAAUAUCCAGUCCCCAGUUUUAUCGGCAGUGGCUGCUACGAGCUCGAACCCUGGAACAGCACACGCUUCGCCUAGCGUUGUGCCGGUAUCACUUACGAAUGAUGGGUCAUUUCCACACUUGCUCAGUAUCGACGAAAAGAAGAAGAUAUUGGAAGAUCUGAAGCAGUACGUGAAUCAAGUUGUUCAGGUGCAAGUUUCGGGCCCGCUAUACGUGAAAUUUUGA